UUAUCCUUAUCCAAAUAGAAAUACAUAGAUUUGCAUGGGAUGGGAAUGGGAACCAUGGUCUUCCUUUUGUUCGUCGUCACCUUUAAGCUGAUGGCAAAGACAGGAAAAUUAUAUGUCAGUCGGGAGCUAGCUGGCGCCUGGCUGGCACGCAUACGUUUCCAGAAGUGUUGAGAGGAGCUUCCAAAUCCAAUUCCAUAAUUGGUUACCUUUUCGUCGCUACUGCUCUAUCUGACAUGAAUGUACGUAUUUGUAAUUGUUACGUCCCUGUCGAUUAUCCAUGGGAUCCCCGCAAUUCAAUUUUCUGCGACGAUCGAUGGUUAAUAAUUAAUACCAGUCAUGUGAUGUGACUGUAUGUAUUAUAUGGCUCCCUCUGACUGAUCACGCGCGGUUCAAGAUAGGAUGAAUAACUAUGGAUUAUGCAUCUAUCAAUAAUCAAAUCUGGACCCUUUAUUUAGAAAAUCCAGAUCUAAGGAUGGAAAAUUAAGGAUCAUUUUUAUGUUUCCUAGCUUUCUUAAUCGGCUUAUAUCUUUUUCGUUUUAACUUGGAUUUUAAUUUUUUUUCACAGAUGGAACGAGUUCAUCGUGCUCUACCAAAUGAGAACAAUUUUCAAUAUUUUUUUAGAAAAAAAAAUUCUGGCCUCUCGGUACCAACUGCAUACCAUAUGGUAUCUUCUUCGUUUUUAAUUCGUUUUUUUGAAAACGUUUGCACAGAAGGGACGAGUUCAUCAUGAUCUAUUGGAUCUACAAAUUUCUGGGUGAACAAAUUACAGGACCAAAAAAUACCACACAAUACCAUACAAUACCACCCUGGUACGGGGUGGUAUUGUAUGGUAUCUUCUUCGUUUUUAAUUCGUUUUGUAAAACGUUUGCACAGAAGGGACGAGUUCAUCAUGAUCUAUUGGAUCUACAAAUUUCUGGGUGAACAAAUCACAAGACCAAAAAAUACCACACAAUACCAUACAAUACCACCCUGGUACGGGGUGGUAUUGUAUGGUAUCUUCUUCGUUUUUAAAUCGUUUUUGAAAACGUUUGCACAGAAGGGACGAGUUCAUCAUGAUCUAUUGGAUCUACAAAUUUCUGGGUGAACAAAUUACAGGACCAAAAAAUAUCACACAAUACCAUACAAUACCACCCUGGUACGGGGUGGUAAUUGUGUGGUAUACAAUGUUAAAAGUUGUAAAUGACAAUUAAUAUACUUCUACUAUCAUGUAUUCAACCAUCCUACAUUCUUGGUUUGUUCAUACCACCAUGGUACGUUUUUCAAACCAUAGGUAUGCUUUUAUUUCAAUACUAGUCAAUACCAUAUGGUAUAGACUGGUAAAAAAUGGCUCAAUUUUUGUUGUUCGAAAAAUAUAUUAAAGUGGAUAUUAUUUUGAAGAGCACAAUUAAUCUGAUCUAAUUGUGCAAAAAAAAAUUAAAUUUCGAAUUAAAAUGAGUGAGAAAUCGUCCGUCAAAGAUUAAAAAGGCUUUCCAUGAGAGAGAGUAUGCUGAUGUCAUGCUGAUAUGGGCUAGUUACUCAUGGUUACUCACCAUAAGUUUACUGACCUGAACGUCCUCUCCAUCCUACGUUUCUCAUGCCACCCACCACUUUCAAUCGCUAUAGACUGAGGGUUAACGGGUACGUGAAUGACAUUGGGUGGAGCUCGUUACUCCUGCAUCGCUAUCUUGAUCAAUGCCCAGAAGCUGUGCGCAUGUUCUAUGCGAGUAUGCAGUGCGGCCCAGGCAAGAAUCUGACUUUCUUCACCACCACAGUCUACAAUUUUAGCGUGACAAUCACUGCUGAUGUGUUGGCAACUCUGCUGCAUCUUCCUCACGAUGGAUAUCUAGCUGGGACGACAAAAGAAUUUGACAGCUAUGGGUUCCAUCCCAUAGACACUAUGUCCUACCUAGCUCGUGACUAUGGGAAGUAUCAAUCCUCCAUGUUCUCUGUUGAGCGGCUGCCUGAUGAUCUGAAAGCCUUGAAAUUCUACAUCACUCACAUGUUCCUCCCUCGAGAUGCUGAAACGGAAACUACUCUCGAAGAAUCUGACCUGUGGAUUCUGUUAACGCCAAAACAAGCUGCCCGAUGAGCUACGCCUCACUUAUGUUUAAUCACAUGAUUAAAUAUCGAGAAGAAGAGUGCAGUGGGAAGCUGCCUUUUGGUCCGCAAAUCACCUCUUUGCUGGCAAUCUUGGGGGUCGAUAUGCCUGGGAAGGUUACUAACCAGGAUGUCCAUUCUGACCUCCAAGCCCAACAAGUCCUGCGUCGCACCCUCUCGGAUCUUGGACCCCAAAAACUUGUCAAAUUUCAAGGGGGAGACAAACCUGCUCAGUCUGAAUCAGGUUCUGAUGAAGACGACAAUGUAGCAGCGUUACCUGCGAGACUUGACAAGGGAAAGGAAGUGGCAUAAUCGUCUGGAAAAUGCAAGAGGGUUCUGGAAUUGGGACAUCUCCAUGAAGGGAUAAAUCUGGAGAAGGAGGGAAAAGGGUUACUUCAUGAUCUGACCUUGGCUCUGAAAGGAAAAGAGGUCAGUUCUUCUGGCAAGAAGGUCAACAAGGUUUUAUUCGUAUCUUCGGAGGAUGAUGAAGACGACUCAAUCUGAGUAUGCUUCUUCUCCGGAGUACACCUACUAGGAAUAUUUCAGAGAUUUAGCUUAGGGGGAGAUCCAUGAAUAAUUUUUUUUCCGGUUUAAUAUUUCUGGUCUGCUUGUCUGGUUGUUGAAGUCGGGUUUAGAUGUUAGUUGAAGUUCUGGUUAAUCUAUUUUUUAGUAAGACUUGCUGAGGUCUAGUGUCAAGUAUCAGUUGAUGUUUGUUUCUGUUACUAUGAAUAAAAUGGACUCCUAUUGUCAUCUUUUGAACUCAUGAUCUGCCAUGAUUAGAGGAUUGGACAGGCUGCACCAAUGGUUUGUUAAAUGUGCAGGUUCUGAUUGUGAGCAGUUUAAGAAUGAACCUUUGACAAGUUUAGGAGGAGAAGUCUGAAGCUUAGACAGAUUCUGGGACAUCUUGUUCAGGGGGAGGAGUUUGGCCAUUGACAGCUUAGGGGGAGAAUGUUGGAACAAGCUAGUCAAAGGCCACUUGAGAAGGAAAGAAGAUCAGGAGCAAACAUGGAAAGAAGGAGGAAAAUAAGAGGAGAGAUCAGGUUAAGGAGAUUUGGUACAACAAUGCAAAUCAAAUCAGAAGAUGGACUCUCAAGCAAAUCAUCACUAAUAAGGGAAGGAAUUUGAAUUAGCAACGGCUACAUUGCAGCCUAUAAAAGGCGAUAUGAAGGAAGAGAAAGUGCAACCUUUUCAAAGUGAUCAACAAAGCUAGCCAAGACAAAAUGGGAUUUUUUGAGAGUAGCAAGGUUGAUAGAAAAGGGGGUUUCUCAAAGGGUUUGGGGAGAAUUGCUUUGAGGGCUAGUGUUGGGGAAACACUGUAACGAGUUGCUAGGGAAGCAAUUCGGGGUUUGAGAAGUGAGUGUUUGAUCAAUCGGGUUGAGAUUGAUUAAUGGGUUCUUGGGUAGAAAGUACUAGAUCGAACUUCAUCGAAAUAUCUUUAGUGAAUCAUCGGAGAUCACUCAAUUGUGAGUCUCCGACCGUGGAGUAGUCAGUAUUGGGAUUCUUAUUCUCCCAAUACCGGAAACCACGUAAAAAUCUUGGCCUGUCUUCUUGCUUUGCAUUUCAUUUUCUGUUCGGUCUGCAUCUCUGUGGUUGUGCUCUGUUUUGCAGGGAAGUUCGCUCUAGAACAACCAAGGAAGACGAACCUCUGUACUGGGUCGGAGAACUCGGUAAAGCUGGUUUGAGUUUCGCUUCAUCAUAGCUGUGUGGGUUUCUACUGAAGAGUUCUUGUUGUUUUUCACCUGUUCUUCACUCGAAUAGAAGCAGGGUUAAGCU